AUGCAUUUAGAUACCAAGGCACUGCGGCACUUGGCCGCCGAGGACUGGAAGGUCCUCGCAGCAGUUCGUCACUCUCACCAUACCCCUCCCUCACCCCUCCAGGCAGCCCACUUACAGGAUCCCCAGGUUGAACAAGGCACCAAGAACCACGAGCUGGUCCCAACGUCGUUGAUCGAGAAACUGUCGCGCCUUCGUGGCGGCGCAAGCGGCGUGCACCGUUCCAUCUCCAACCUCGCCAAGGUCGGCCUCAUCGCCAAGGUCAAGGAGGCCAAGUAUGAUGGUUAUCGACUCACCUAUGGCGGCCUCGACUAUCUCGCGAUGCACACGUACUCGACUCGCAAGGAGGUAUACAGCGUCGGCAGCAGAGUCGGUGUUGGAAAGGAGAGCGAUAUUGUGAUGGUUGCCGACGACCGAGGCGUGCAGUGCAUCCUUAAGAUCCAUAGACUCGGCCGAAUUUCUUUCCGGACGGUCAAGUCGAACCGAGACUACCUCAAGAACAAGCAGUCGGGAUCUUGGAUGUACCUUUCAAGGCUCGCAGCGAUGAAAGAGUUUGCUUUCAUGAAGGCGCUUAAGGAGGAAGGAUUCCCGGUGCCCGUUCCCAUCGCUCAGAACCGACACACCAUUGUCAUGUCCUUCAUCGAUUCUUUCCCUCUCCGCCAAAUCUCCGAUGUCCCAGAUCCCGCGCUUCUCUACUCCGAGCUGAUUGAUCUGUUGCUCCGCUUGGCUAAGCAUGGACUUAUCCACGGCGAUUACAACGAGUUCAAUAUUCUCAUCAAGGAAGAAGUUUCCGUCAUUAAAACGGAGGAAGGAGAUGAAGAGACCAUUAAGUUAAUACCAAUCGUUAUCGACUUUCCGCAGAUGGUGUCCAUGGACCACGAGAACGCAGAGAUGUAUUUUGACAGAGACGUCAACUGCAUCAAGCGCUUUUUCGAAAAGAGGUUCAAAUUUACGAGCACAACGCCAGGGCCUUUCUACAAGGACGCAAAGAAGUUGGUUGGCAAGGGUGGUGCCACUAGGAUAGAUGCGACCUUGACAGCAUCUGGUUUUACGAAGAAGAUGGCCAAGGAUCUGGAAAAGGCCAUUCAGGAGCAGGCUGCUUCCAAGAAUGACGAAGGCGGUGAUUUACUGGACGACAACGAUGAGGAAUAUGGUUCAGAAGAAGACGAGGACGAGGAGGAAGAGUCAGGUGACGAGGUGACAGACGUUGAAGAUCGAAGCGUGCCACCUGCAAGCAGAGAUGGCGAAGAAGCUCUGGCAGGUGAAAAAGCAAAGGAUGGACUUGAUACCCAAAAAUUCUCGAAGUUGACGAUGGCAGACGAGACCUGA